GCAGAUUUGAACAUACUUAAAGUCAGAUUUCAACAUACUUGAAAUCUGCAUGUUUGGUGUCGGUUUUUCCUCAAGGUGUCAGGGUUGAACAGUGUUUUCUCAACGACUAGAGAGGCAGGUUUUUUUAUUGAGGGAUGAUGCAGCGCUGUUUAGGGAGUUGAUCUAUAGGUUUAGAUAAUUUCAACAGAAGCAAGUGUUUUGAUGCUAACAGGAGAAAGUACUAGAUACAAAUUUGACAAAUGUUCAGUUAGAUGCUGUUGGUUAAUUGCACUGAUUUAAAGUAUUCAAAUACAGUAACUAAAGUAUGUUUUACCAAGUGUAACCAGUUUUCAAAAAUGAAAAAAAGACUGUAUUAAUGUGCAGUUCAUGUGUGUCCCACCAUUGCUGGGAAUUGCUCAAAGCUAAUUGAUGAGGUGGUGCUGUACAUUUCAAUGUGCACUAAAAUGUUUUUUUUUUUUUGCAGGAAUGGGUCAUUUCACCCCCCAAGUUACAGCACAAGUGGGACAAAAUGUCACUCUGCAGUGCUGUUUUGAUGCAUCAUUGAAUUUAAGAACUCGGACAGUUGACUGGAAAAAAGAUGACAAGCAGGUGGUCCACGUCUACCGCGAUAGAAAGGACUGUCCUGAUCUACAGGAAACGCAGUUCAGACACAGGACAGCUCUAAGGCAUGAAGACCUGAGCAGAGGAGUCAUGACACUGCAGAUCUUGGCUCAGCUCAGUGACACUGGCAACUUCUCCUGUAAUGUGCCAAAAGGCCGGGGUUCAGAAAUGCUCUCCCAGCGAGUCAUGCUCUUUGUGAUGAACACAAGAAAAGUCCUUCCCAACAUAACAAGGUUUCCGAAGAAAGACGAGAUGACUACUGUACGUCUGAAGGGAAGAACACCGGUGUCAUUGCCUUUGCCUGGGUUUGUCUUGGCCUCUUCGGAGCUGGCCUUUUUGGGGCUGGUCUUGGAGUCCUGGUUAAAUGGAGAAAGAUCCGUACAAGAUCUUUUUGGGAGAAAGCUCAGAGACUCCAGCGUCGGAGGAUGCAAACAUCUGUCAAAUGGAGACUCUGAUGAACCCAUCAGCAGCAGAUGGAGGCCAACACCACUGAUUAUGUGAAGAGUCUCCCAAACCCAGUAGCACAGAGAGAGCAGUGAUGAAAACACUUCCUCUGUGUGGUUAGGACUGGGAGGCUCCCCUCUGUCUGGACCGGAGGCUGGAGGGAGC